GAACUUAGGGCUAAGUUCCUUGACAGUUUUUAUUCAUUUGUUCGCCUUCUGGAUUGCCAUCUGGGGCAGUUUUUAUUCUUCUCCAAGUCUUCGUGGGCGCCUUCUGGAAAUCGUCUGGGUGUACUUACUAGAUCUGCAGCCAGCUUCUCUUUGGACAAGGAUUAUCAACGCAAUUUGGAUUCUUUGGUGACGUUGGAUAAUGCCUGGGUCAAGAAAGGGACAUGGCACAAUGGAAGCAGACAAAAAAGUAAGUCACGAUGAGUUGCCUGUUAAUUUUAAUGAUAUGUAUGAUGCUCAGCAUGUUAAGUUUGAUGUUCACGCUUCACCGUUAAGUGACAGUAAGGGUUUAAGAUUGCCUAAGUUUGAACCGCGAUACUUCGAUGGAAACCCAGCCGACUACCCACAGUUCAUCAAAGAGUUUGAGGUCAUGCUGAGUGGUUUUGUAUUGAAUGAUGAAAUGAAGUUAAUGUAUUUGUUGAGAUAUUGCACUGGUGUAGCUGCAAGAGCCAUACAGUGCUGUAAGUUUAUGCCCCCGAACGAAGGAUAUGAUGAGGCCAUGAAGAUACUCCGUCAGAGGUUUGGGAGGCCA